CUGGCGGAGAAGACCGGCAUCUGCAAGAUCCGACCCCCCAAGGACUGGCAGCCUCCAUUUGCAUGUGAAGUACAGAGUUUUCGUUUCACCCCACGAAUCCAGCGCUUGAAUGAACUGGAGGCAGUGACCAGAGUGAAGCUGGACUUCUUGGAUCAAUUAGCAAAAUUUUGGGAACUUCAAGGAUCCAAUUUAAAAAUUCCUGUGGUGGAGAGAAAAAUCUUGGAUCUGUACGGUUUGAGCAAAAUUGUUGCCAGCAAAGGAGGCUUUGAUGUGGUCACUAAAGAAAAGAAGUGGUCCAAAGUGGCUAGUCGGCUGGGGUACCUGCCAGGAAAAGGCACUGGAUCACUACUAAAGUCUCACUAUGAACGGAUCUUGUACCCUUACGAGCUCUUCCAAUCUGGGGUCAGCCUUAUGGGUAUCCAAAAGCCAAACUUGGACCUUAAGGAAAAAGUGGAAGCUGAGGACCUCAGCUCUGAUGCCCAGGCUUCCCCAAAGCAGGGUACAAGAAUGAAUGUUGCGCUGAAGAGAACCAGACGCGUCAAGUCCCAGACAGAGACAGGGGAGAUGAGUAGAAAUACUGAACUGAAGAAGCUGCAGAUCUUUGGAGCUGGACCUAAGAUGAUGGGAUUGGCGUUGGGAUCAAAAGAUAAGGAAGAUGAGGUGACUCGAAGACGCAAAGGCACCAGGUCAGAAGCCUUUGGCAUGCAGAUGAGGCAACGCAAAGGGACGCUCUCUGUCAACUUUGUUGAUCUAUACGUUUGCUUGUUUUGUGGCCGAGGAAACAACGAGGACAGACUGUUACUCUGUGAUGGUUGUGAUGACAGCUACCACACAUUUUGCCUGAUUCCCCCUUUGCCUGAUGUGCCCAAAGGUGAUUGGAGGUGCCCAAAGUGUGUUGCUGAGGAGUGUAAUAAGCCACGUGAGGCCUUUGGAUUUGAGCAAGCUGUGAGGGAGUACACUCUCCAGAGUUUUGGUGAAAUGGCAGAUAAUUUCAAGUCUGAUUACUUCAACAUGCCAGUCCAUAUGGUUCCUACUGAGCUGGUAGAGAAGGAGUUCUGGCGACUGGUGAGCAGCAUUGAGGAGGAUGUCAUUGUGGAAUAUGGAGCUGAUAUCUCAUCCAAGGACUUUGGGAGUGGUUUUCCUGUAAAGGAUGGCAGGCGAAAGCUGAUGCCCGAGGAGGAGGAGUAUGCACUUUCUGGUUGGAACCUGAAUAACAUGCCCAUUCUGGAACAGUCAGUCCUUGCUCACAUCAAUGCAGAUAUCUCUGGCAUGAAGGUGCCUUGGCUUUACGUAGGGAUGUGUUUCUCAUCAUUUUGCUGGCACAUCGAGGAUCACUGGAGCUAUUCCAUCAAUUACCUGCACUGGGGAGAGCCAAAGACGUGGUAUGGGGUGCCCUCUCACGCAGCAGAACAGCUAGAGGAGGUGAUGAAAGAGUUGGCCCCUGAGCUCUUUGAAUCUCAGCCUGAUCUCCUGCAUCAGCUGGUCACCAUCAUGAACCCCAAUGUGCUAAUGGAGCAUGGUGUGCCUGUGUACAGAACUAAUCAAUGUGCUGGCGAGUUUGUUGUGACAUUUCCUCGUGCCUAUCACUCCGGAUUUAACCAAGGUUACAACUUCGCUGAGGCUGUGAACUUCUGCACUGCUGACUGGCUUCCCAUUGGGCGUCAGUGUGUGAACCAUUAUCGGCGGCUAAGGCGUCACUGUGUUUUCUCCCAUGAGGAGCUGAUCUUCAAGAUGGCAGCGGAUCCAGAGUGUUUGGAUGUGGGACUUGCUGCCAUGGUUUGCAAAGAAAUGACUUUGUUGAUAGAGGAGGAGACACGCCUGAGGGAAUCUGUUGUACAGAUGGGAGUGUUGAUGUCGGAAGAGGAGGUGUUUGAACUGGUUCCAGAUGACGAGCGUCAGUGUACAGCCUGCAGAACUACAUGCUUCCUUUCUGCUCUUACUUGCUCUUGUAAUCCUGAGAGGCUUGUGUGCCUGUACCAUCCCACAGACUUGUGUCCCUGUCCUAUGCAGAAGAAGUGUCUAAGGUACCGUUACCCGUUAGAGGACCUUCCUUCUCUGCUGUACGGAGUGAAAGUUAGAGCACAGUCCUAUGACACUUGGGUCAGUAGAGUUACAGAGGCUCUGUCUGCCAACCUCAACCACAAGAAAGAUGUGAUUGAGCUGAGAGUGAUGUUGGAAGAUGCUGAAGACAGGAAGUAUCCAGAGAAUGAUCUCUUCCGUAGGCUCAGAGAUGCUGUGAAAGAGGCAGAGACCUGUGCUUCGGUGGCUCAGCUACUUCUAAGCAAAAAACAAAAACACAGGUAAGGUUGAGAGUUUUCAGUUUUGUAAAAGUUAAAAUAUUGUUUUGUAAAGGUAAAAGUAGUUAA